AUGUCUGUUCCCAACUCUGUGUUUGAAGCAAUUACUCAUGAUGGGUGGCGAAUGGUUAUGGAAGAAGAGAUGUUGGCUCCAGAACAUAAUGAUACAUGGGUUCUAAUGGAGUUGCCUGAAAAUAAAAAGGCUAUUGGGUGCAAAUGGGUUUUCACAAUAAAGGCUAAUCCCGAUGGGACUGUGGCUCGGUUGAAAGCUCGGUUGGUUGCUAAGGCUUCAUCUUGUUGUCCUCUUCACCAACUUGAUGUAAAAAAUGUCUUUUUACAUGGUGAUCUUCUUGAAGAGGUUUACAUGGAGCAACCUCCGAGGUUUGUUGCUCAUUGGGAGUCAGGAAAGGUUUCUCGGAGUAAGAAAGAGAUUUUUCUCUCUCAACGCAAGUAUGUGUUAGAUAUGUUGACUGAAAUGGGUCUAAGUGAAGCUAAGCCUUGUGACACUCCUAUGGUUCUUAAUGUGAGAUUGAAGGCUGAGGAUGGAGAGAUGUUUGGUGAUCUAGAGAGAUACAGACGGAUAGACAUCUCAUUGGGAUACGAUCCUCCAUAUUUUGAAGCAUCUACAAGGAGCCCCUGGGCAUGGAUUCUUUAUAGUGAUCAUGGUCAUAAUAAGGUAGAAGGUUUUUCAGAUGCAGAUUGGGCAGGAUCUUCUGUGGAUAGACGAUCUGAUCAUAAUGCCUUGUUUGAACCUCUAUCAGGGCUUCCACUCGCCAGGGCCCAUGAUCACGCCAUCAGACUUGAACCAGGCCAUAUCAUUUCAGCCCAAGGCAUUGCGGUUGAUCCCUCCAAGGUAGAUUGUAUUUUAAAUUGGCCAAUUUCAAAGGAUGUCAAUGCGUUUCGUGGAUUUCUGGGACUGAUUGGCUAUUACAGAAAAUUCGUAAACGUUUAUGGCAAGAUUGCACUACCUUUGACCAAUCUCCUCCACAAGGAUGCCUUCCAUUGGACUGAAUCAUCUCAAAAGGUUUUUGAAGAACUUAAACGAGUCAUGACCACGAUACCUGUCUUAGCAAUGCCCAAUUUCUCUAAGACAUUUAUCGUUGAAACAGACAUGUCGGGGCAAGGAAUUGGAGCUAUGCUAAUGCAAGAUGGCAAACCGCUAGCAUUCCUUAGUCAGGGGCUCUCUACACGGUCUUGA